AUGUCUUCAAGAGUGGGAGCCUCUGAACUAGCUAAGACUGAAAAACUCAGUGGAAAUAAUUUUCAUGCAUGGAAACGUAGGAUCAUGUUGGCCUUAACUUUAGAAAGACUGAUUUAUGUGAUCAACAAGCCCUUUCCUACUUUAGGAGACAAACCUACUGAUGAGGAAAAGAAGGAAUAUGAGGCUUUUGAGAAUGAUGACUUGAUGGCCAGAACCAUCAUGUUAACAUUCAUGGAAGAUGAUCUGAUCAGAGUGUUUGAAGACUGUCCAACAGCAAAAGAUAUGUUAGAUAGUAUUUCAUCUAAAUUCAACACCACUACUACUAUGCAUGUUCAAUUGUUGCUAGAACAGUAUACCUCGUAUAAAAUGAAGGAAUCAGAUAAAGUUGUUGACCAUGUUAACAAAAUGUUGGUCAUGGCUAAGGACCUAGCAGUAGUGGGAAAUGUGAUAUCUGAUAACAUGCAAAUAUGCACCAUUCUGAAUAGUUUACCAUCUUCUUGGGAUAUGGCUGUCACAGCGUUGAGUCUUUAA